AUGGAAAAAGAACUUAAAGAUAUUAGAGCAUAUCAUUUAAAAGUUAUAGAAGAAAAACUUAUAGAAUUAAUCACUCAUAAAAAUAGAAUUCUUGCAGUUCAAAGUGAAGAAAUAGGAGAAUUCAAAAAAAGUUUUGAUGAAUUCAAGCCUCUCACUUAAAUAAUUCAAAAAACUACCCGCGAAUGCUUAUCUGAUUUUUAGUCUAAAUUAGAUGAAGCUGAUAGAUAAGCAAUCUAGUAGUUUCAUUAACAAUAGGAUCAAUUAGAAUACCAUGCCAGUCGAUUAAACUAAUAACAGAGUCAAAUGUAAUCUAUCUAAGAAUUAUUUGAAUAACAAACUAGAUAAAGAUUAUAAAUUGCUGAAAUGUAAAAGGCCAAAGAGAGAAUGCUUAUUGAAUUAUAAUAAACAAAAGAAGAACUUGAAUAAAAGAAAUUCUUGAAGCAAUAACUAAUGAAUAAUUUUAAAUUGAGUUAACAACAAUAAAUUCAAUUAUAAUAAGAACUCAAAGACACUGAACAUUAGAAGAGAUAUUGGAAUAAUCUAUUAUAAGAAGCCAAAGGCAAUAUACGUGUUUAUUGUCGUAUUAGACCAAAUUCAUAAGAAGAUAUGUUAUUAUUAAAUGGAGAAUGUACAUUAGUACUUCGAGUUCCUGAGAGAUUUUUAAAGUCAACUAAUUGUUAAAAGGAAAGCAGUUUUAAUUUUGAGCACAUUUUUAGUUAAGAUGCAGAUUAAUAAGAAAUUUAUAAUGAACUCUCAGAUUUAGUUCAAAAUGUUGUUGAUGGUCAUAAUGUGUGUAUUUUUGCUUAUGGAUAAACAGGUUCAGGUAAAACUUAUACAAUGUAGGGUGAUGAUCAUAAUAAAGGUGUAAUACCUAGGGCAGUUGAGUAAAUCUUUAAAGAGAGAUAAGGUAUGUUGGAACUUGGUUGGUAAACAAAUAUUAGAGUAGGAUUUUAAGAGAUUUAUAAUGAAUAAAGUAGAGAUUUAAUAACAAAUUAAAAAUGUGAUGAAGUUAAAUUAUUGGAUGUAAAAGAUAUAUUUGAAGUAGCAGAACAUUUUAAUACUGCUAAAAAGAAUAGAUAAGUUGCAGAAACUUUUAGUAAUGAAGUAUCAUCUAGAAGUCAUUUUAUAUUUUAAUUAAAUUUAUAAGGACAUUUGGGUGAUAAACAAAUCAAUUCUACUUUAAAUUUAAUUGAUUUGGCUGGUUCUGAGAGAGCUAAUGUAGCUAAAACUGAAGGAGAUAGAUUUACUGAAACAAAAGCAAUUAAUAAAUCAUUAAGUGCAUUGGGAGAUGUAUUUAAUGCUUUAUAUACUAAAUAACAACAUGUUCCAUUUAGAAAUAGUAAGUUAACUUUUUCGUUAUAUAAAUAUAUGGAAGGAAGUUCUAAGACAUUGAUGAUGGUGAAUAUUUCAUCUAGAUCUGAAGAUUUUUAAUAAACCCUUGCAAGUUUAAGAUUUGCUGAAAAAGUUAAAUCUUGUUCAAUUAAGAAAUGA